UAAUAAUUUUGGAGCAAGUUAAACUUGGUGAGCUAGUUUUUUUUUCGUCAUAUACCAACGUGGCCAUGUCUUCCUCUUCUCCUGAAGAUGAGGACUGUGUUGUCGCUGUCAAGUUCUUGGGACCUCAACUAAGCUUUUGCAGACCGGCUCAAAGCAACUCCGAGUGGGUCAACAUCUGAAUGACAGACCCCUGCUUCUUCUCCUCCCCUGUCAUGUUUUCCAAGAAAGAUGACAUGUUUCGCAUAGCCGGCUCUGGAGGCCACCUCAUAGGAUCAUGGGAUCUUCACAAACCUAGCAACAACUCCAAGUUGCAGAGGUUGCGGUUUCAAAACCUUCCCAAGAUGUCCGAGAAAUAACGAGACCUUUUGGAUUCGUGCUACACAAGCGAACACUUGGUGGAGUCGAUAACCACCAGUGAAACUUUCAUGGUUAAGUUGUACAGGAAUACCUUCGAGAUUCCGAAAAAGAAAACAGAAGCAAUAAUGGUGUUCAGUCUAGACGAAGAAGGAAACGCUGUUUAUACUCACGAUAUCGGAGAUCAAAGCAUUUUCCUCACAAAUUCUGAAGCUUUCUGUGUCCCUUCGAGCUCCAGUUUCUUCAUGCAUCGACCUAACAUAGUUGAAUUCUUAUACUUCGACGAACAUGUCAGAUUUUUCACGCUAACUAAGCAAAAGUGGGAUUGUUAGAGUCACUACUCCAUCUCAAAAAAAUUUGCUUGGAAUUGAGUUCAGAGUCUAGAGUCUGUUUUCCCUUUUAAACCUUUCAAAUAUCAAAUCUAUUUUUAUAUAAUCUCUAUGAGACUGAUAUAUAAUCUUGCAGAAACUUUGCUAUAUAAUCUCUCAUCAGUCUCCCAA